AUGAGGAAGAAGAUAAAGAACCCAUCAAAGAAUCCAAUCUUUGAAUUAUUAUGGAGUGUCGGAUUAAAUUCAGACGUACCUCUAAUAAAUUUAACCACGAAAAAUCGUACGCUUAUCGCUUACUCCUGUUCGCAUAUCGUAAUAAUCUAUAACUAUGAGACUAAAGAAGCUUUAAAUCUUCAAGGUCAUAAAAAUACAGUGAGAACAUUAUCGACAUCGAUGGAUGGGAAAUGGUUACUGUCUGCAGAUUUUGAGGAGGAUUGUGUAGUUGUUGUUUGGGACACUGAAACUGGGUAUAAAUAUAUAAAGAAAAAAAAAAAAAGAAAGAAAAAGCUAAAGAUAUUCUUUUCUAGCGUACCAAUCUCUACUCUAUUCAAUCCACACGGUGAUCAAAAAAUGACAGCGGUCAAAAUUAGUCCAAAUGCUAAAUACAUAGUGACUGUUGGAAAUGAAUUUCACCAAAAGGUUCAUUUUUGGCUAUGGACAUACGGGAAAGAUAAACCUGAUAGUGAAUCAAAAUCAUAUCUCAAAAAUCAUGGAAACAUAACUGGAGAAUCUCCAGUCAAUGAAUAUUUUCAUAUUUUUGGGACACCCUAUAGUUAUCAAAAAUUUCCAAAUUUGUCUUUUUUAGAGUCUGUAGAGAUAACUGAAUUUGACACGAAUAGAAUAAAAGAAAUAGCAUUCAAUAACGAUUGCUCGGAAGAAUUUGUUCUAAUUGCCGAUUAUAAUGUUGUAUUUUUUAAAUGGGAGCAAGAGGAAUUGAAAUUUUACGUACCACAAAUUUUGGGCAAGAUACGACGAUACGGGAUCUUCAAUUGCUCUUGUUUUAUAUCUAAAUCACUGCGAGUACUAACAGCUACAACAUACGGAUAUGUCGUUGUUUGGGAUAUUUCUGCUGACAAAGAUAAAACUAAGAGUAUUGCGAAUAAAAACAAGGAAAGAAAAUACAUCAAAAGUGUCAAGUUAGAGAAAAGUAGUAUUUUGGUGAUAGUGUAUAAGAAUGGGAAGAUAGUGACGGGAUCUUUAAAUGGACGCAUCACUUUCUAUGAUCAAGAUUUAAAAAUACUCUAUUGGUGUGAACAUGAACUUUUGGAUGGUAUACGAUCGAUAAGUUUCGAUUUUUCAUCUUCAUUAUUGGCUCCUGCCUGUGAAUCCGAUUGUUGUUUGAGUGGAACAGUUGCAUCAAUAGAAAUUCCAACAUUCAAGUGUCGAUUUAUUUUUCGGUAUACAAAAGUUGCGAUUUUAAGCUUCGAUGUACAUCCUCGAAGAAGUAAUUAUGUAGUCACUGGUGAUGCAAAUGGUUACAUGUGCUUAUACGAUUAUGAGAAACGUAAGAUCAUACUACGGGAAAAAACUCCACCUUUUCCAGAUUUUCGUCCAGUGAUGGAUAAACAAGUAAAAAGUGGACACAUAAUUUAUAUCACGUGUCCAUUUAGCCACGAGGGACUGAAUGGUAUUACAGCGUUAAAAUAUUCCCAAAUAGGUGACAUACUCGUGUGUGGUCUUGAAAAUGGAACGCUUUGGAUGUUGCAUCCUAUCACUUUGGAACCCAUCGAUAAAAAUCCUUACAAACAUUCCAUGCAAUCAAUUCAUAAAUUGGCUUUCUCAGACUGUGGGGAAUAUCUGGCUUAUGCAGAUAACACAUUGGUGGUAGCAGUAUUUAAGAAGAAUCAUAAAAGAACUAGCAACGAUGAUAAUAUAUGGAACUUCAUUGGAAAAUAUCGUUCGCACAAUGCAGAUAUAAAAGACAUACUUUUCGGUCCAGCUACUAUCGAAAGUAUUGUAUAUCGAUUAUUUUCAAUAGCAGAAGACAAAACUUUAAUUGAAUACAAUCUUAAAGAUAGCGGCCCAUAUCCUGUUCCGGGUUUGAAAAUACUUGAUGUUUAUAAAAUCGAAAAUGAUGCUAUACCUUUUUGCCUCGAAUGGUACCCACAUUUGGGCAUUGAAGGAUUUCUGGCGUAUUCUACUUCCGAAUACAAAUUUAGAUUGCUAAACGAUAUGACGAAAUUGAUUCGAGGAACGUUUAUGGGACCCCUUUAUGGUUCACCGGUUAAACAGAUCAAGAUAUUAUCUAGUAAAGAUUUCAAAGCUCUUAAAUACAUGGUAUUUGCAACUGAUAAAGAAAUAGGUCUUCAGAUACUUCCCUUUGAUGGAAAUCCUUACAAAACUUUAGGGAUGAUUGGACAUCCGCAUAAGAUCACACAUAUAUGCGUUAAUACUAAUGGAAACCUUUUGUUCACUUCUGGUUACAAUGAUCCAUCUAUAUUAAUAUGGAAAAUAAAAUACAAGUCUGUUGAUGUGUUAGCACAUCUAGGAGGCAAAGGUCUCUCACCAUAUUACUGUUUGAUAGAAGGUGGUAAAAAUGGUUGGCUUAUUAAAGAGAUGCAAGACCUGUUUUAUUACUCUCAAAUUUUGCACCAAGGGGAGAAUAUAACGAGUACCAGAAUAAUAUCCGACAAGGUGAACAUCAACGAAUUGCCAAGCCUUAUGCGUUCCAUUGGAUAUUAUCCAAGUAACGAGGAGAUAGAAAAUUUUAUGGGGGAGGUCGCAUACAGAGAUUACGCGGAGACCGGCAAUUUGGUCGAUAAUAUCAAUUUUGAAGAUUUCGUGAAGCUUUAUAUAAAUCAUCGCCCAUAUUCUGGGAUUUCUAAGAAUAAAAUAUUGGAAGCUUUCAGAAUAUUUUCAAAUCAAUUGCACGAAGAUGAUCCAUUCUUGACUCGUGAUCAAUUCAUGAGGUUGUUGCUUGGUCAUGCUCCUUAUACCAUUAUAAAGAAACAUGAGAUGCCUUUUGGAGAACCAUUAACAGUUCAAGAAGCAUUUACAUAUAUGAAGUUUCUUAUUGGAUUUGAAGAAAAUUUUGAACAAAUAGAUUUUGAACACGAAACAUCAAUGUCCCUUGAUUUCACGUUCUUGCCAGAGAUGAUAUCUUACAAAUAUUUCAUCACGGACAUCUUGGGUAUUGAAUUUCCGGAGGAAACGAGGGCUGACGAUGAUCUUAAUUAAUCUGUAUUUUGCAUUGCUGGCACAUUAACAUUAAUUAUCAUUACCAUUACUAAUUAUUUUAUUUUACCAUUAUAAUGUAAUGCGAGUUCUAUUAAACAUGUACGAACACUAACGUAUUUAUCCAUGUUUUUUUCAAAAGUGUUGAAUGAAAAAAAAAAAAAAAAAAAAAAAAAAGAAUCAACGUUUCCAAAAUUAGCUAAGAUUACAUAAUACAAAUUUUGUCCGACAUGGUGAAUUAAAAUCGAAGUAAAAAAAAUAAUUCUUGAUUGACCAUUCAUUUCUCCUAUAUUCCUGUCUCAAAGAUUCGAAUUAAUGGUUAUAUAAUUUGAUGAGUUUUACAGCGAAUUUCGCGCGUAGAAUAAAAUAAUUUUGAUUGAUAUAAUUAAUUAAUAAAAUAUGAUAAAGUCGAAAUACAAGUUAUCAAAAUUUAAAUCGGUAAAUUUUAUUUCUUUUACAAAUGAAAUUUCUUUUCGCUCGUAUUCCAUUGCACGCUUAUAAUUUUUCCGUUUUCACCGGAUUAAUCUCGAUUAGAUUAAAAUAUUAUAUCGAAAUUGGAAGAAGAAGAGAGAAAAAAAAAAAAAAAAAAAAAA